GGCAUUCUAAGAACGUUUAGUCGGAGACUCUGUUACAUUGUAGCAAAAUGGCGACUGUCAUUCAGAAUCCUCUUAAAUCACUGGGAGAGCAGUUCUACAAGGAAGCUAUCGAACAUUGUCGGAAUUACAAUGCCCGGCUGUGCGCAGAGCGCAGUGUCCGCCUGCCAUUCCUGGACUCUCAGACUGGCGUCGCUCAAAAUAAUUGCUACAUUUGGAUGGAAAAGAGACACAGAGGCCCAGGGUUGGCACCAGGACAAUUGUACACUUACCCUGCACGCUGCUGGCGAAAGAAGAGACGUCUGCAUCCCCCUGAAGAUCCCAGGCUGAGGCUGUGUGAAAUAAAGCUUGAAGGUGAGAUCUCCUUAAAAAAAGAUGGUGUGUCGGCUGAAGGGACAACAUUGGAAGCUCUUCUCCGUGGGGAGGCACUGGAGAAAAGAAAUGAAUCGAAAGACGAUGACGCCCUCAAUGAAAUUCAGCGAGUUUUGGCCAAUGAGGAGAAUAUAGAUGAUUUGGAGGAAGAAGAAUUAGAAGAUGAUGUUCCAAAACGUAAAAAUAAGCCCAGAGGACGGACACGUGGUAUGGGUGGUAGAAAAAGAACCGAUUCCACUGCCCAGGAAGACCAUGAUAAACCAUAUGUGUGUGACAAUAGUUACAAACAAAAGCAUAACUCAAAAACAUCUGACAAAGUCUGCGGCAAGCGAUACAAGAACCGUCCAGGCCUCAGUUAUCAUUAUGCUCAUACUCAUUUAGCUGACGAGGAAGGGGAUGAUGACCGAGAUUUGGAGCCUCAUUCACCACCAGUCCUGAGAAGCGAAGGUCACAAACCUCGGAAAGGCCCAGAUGGGAUGGUCAUUUCCAAUAAUUACUGUGACUUCUGUCUCGGUGGGUCGAACAUGAACAAGAAAACAGGCAGGGCUGAGGAGCUGGUCUCAUGCUCAGACUGUGGGCGCUCUGCUUAUUUGGGACAAGGAGUCGUAAAGGAUCUGGACUUGCGCAGUGCAGAGGACUUGUUUGGUGCAACGUCUGAAAGUGACACUUCCACGUUUCAUGGCUUUGAUGACGACGAUAUCGAUGACCUGCUAUCAAACAAAAGUGUUCAUUCACCUGCUAGUAAUGAUGCAGAUAACAAGUGCAACAGCUAAAUACGCAAUUGUGGGAAAUACCUGCUAGUGCACAAAAAAACAAAUUUGGGCGAGAUUUAAUGAAUGACCUUGACAACAACGAAGCCUUUUGUUUCCAAAAAGCUCCUGCUGAAUUCUAGACCUGUUUUAAUAUGAAACUGGGCUGUUGAAAAUGAGCAGAGUCAUUGCUUUUAUUCGUUCAUCAGUAAACAAGAGAAUCUAACUUUGAAGAUGAUCAGGAUCACUUUUGGCUCGUGAUUUGUGUUUUUUAAAAAAGAGACAUUUGACUGACCUUCUUACCUUACUGAGUGAAUGGGGGACAAAGGGAUCUGAUGUACUAUGGGCGAUACUGCUGAGCUUAAUGGAUUUACCCUUAUAAAGUGCAAUGGCUUUAAGUCGACUAGCUCCCUCCAGCAGGCAAAGUUGUCUUGACUUACUUUUGCCAUGCACAUAACAUCGAAGCUCCUCGCGUGUGGAAACGUAGCCUCCAGGCUCCAUUCUACAUCUCUUGCGCCUGCAGUUCUAAGGUUUUGUGGCAAUGAAAUUCACUAUGCGAUGAACUGAAGGAAGUGGAGUUUAUAAAAAAAAAAGUUUUAAUUUUUUUGAAGGAAAGGAAAACUGUGCCUGUCCCUUCUGGGACUUGUGCCUUUUUUGUUGAGUCUUUUAUUUUUUGGUCAGCUGAAUUGCUCUUCUGCUGCUAAAAGUGCUAAAACAUUCUGGUUGCAUCUGAUGAAGAAACCACAUCAAUAGGCAUGUGUUCUGAUGGCAGAAAUAGAAUGACAGCAGCAACUUUUUGAUCCUAUUGAUUUAAAAGGAGAUCAUCAAUUGCAUUGCAAGAUUGCCUGGAUGUCGGUGGUUACCAAGCAAGCCAUUUCCAGGAAGGAAGGAAGGAAAUGAAUUAUGACCAUGUUACCAGUGGGAUAUUGCCUCCUAGCACCUCAUUAAUGUGACCCAAACUCAGGAAAGCGCUG